AUGCGAGCUUCUCAGACCCUCAUUGCCCUCAGUGGCGUUAUCGGCCUCGCCCAAGCAGGCCCCUGCAAGCCUCACCCUCCCGCUUCUGUCAUCUCCAGCACAGUUGUCAUCAAGAGCGCCAGCAGCACUGUAGCUAUCCCUCAGCCCACCACUACUGCUGAGACCAGCACUGUGGAGACUCCUAUUGAGACUCUCAGCACAGACGAGCCCACCUCAACCGAGAUCAAGGUCCCCACUACGACCGCUGCCGUCGAGACCAGCGCUACAUCCGCUACCACUAACGUCCCAGUCCCUACCCCCUGCGCCAUCGAGCCCGGAUGCCAAGCCGCCGGCUUCAACGUCGACUACUACAAGAACGUCUUCGAGCGCGGCUACGGUAACGACGAGAUGUCUGUUCCUCCCUCAUACUACAUCACCGAUGAUCUCACUCCCCUCGACUCCUCGGUUACAAGCGAGACGUACUUCGCCCAGGACUACAUGCAAGAUCUUGCCGGCUACGCCCAGAUCUUCCCUGAUUCCGCCUACGCUGGAAAGGCCUGGUACAUCGGCUACCACCGCACUCUCGCUGGUGGUAUCAAGGUUGACGGCAACAACUUCACCCUCGUUUACACCGGUUACUACCAGGCUCCCGAGACUGGAACCUACGAGCUCUGCGUUACUGCUGACAACGCCAACACUCUUUACUUCGGCCAGGGCAAUGCUUUCGAGUGCGGAACUGGCGAGACUGACCCCAACGCUCCUGCUCUUGUCCUCACUGCUACUGGAUAUCACUUCAACAACCCUACUCAGUGCGGCCACGUUGAUCUCAUCGCUGGACGCCACUACCCUGUUCGCAAUGUCAUGGGUAACAAGAAUGCUGUUUCCGCGUUCGAGUUCUCUGUUACUACUCCCAGUGGUACUAAGACUCACGACUUUGAGGGCCAGGCUUUCCCUGUUGCUUGCGGAAAGAAGAACUAA